CUGCCCCGCGCCUGCCUCGCCCAGCUGGCCGGCCAGCCAGGAGGGAUGCGCCGUGCCGCCCAGCUCCCCUCCGCCCUGCCUGUGCCCUGAAGCAGAAAGUUUGGGGACCAGGGGUCGGCUCCCUCCUCCCUCCUCCAAUGACUGCCCAAGGACUCCUGCUGCCCAGCCUCGACUGUGACCUGCCUUCGCUCCCCAGGUCGCAAUGAACUAUUCCAAGCUGUAACCAAGCCUCCCCAUCUCUGCCCCUCCCUCAACCGCCUUUAAGAUUUUUUUUUUUUAAUUCAAGAAAUUGUGUCUGCCGCCUCCCCUCCUUGUUAAUAAUUUAGACCCCAGGCCUCAUUUCUGAGUGUAAGAGGGGGUGCGGUCUCCCCCCAAGACGGCGCGCUGGAAGGACAGAUUCCCCUUGCCGACCCACAUACACCAUGAAGAGGUGCAAAUCGGACGAGCUGCAGCAACAGCAGGGCGAGGAGGAUGGAGCUGGGCUGGAAGAUGCCGCUUCUCCCCUUCCGGGCGCGGACCUCCGGCCUGGGGAGGCCACGGGUGCUAACUCUGCUGGCGGGCCAACUUCAGAUGCAGGCGCUGCCGCGGCGCCCAACCCAGGUCCCCGAAGCAAGCCUCCUGAUUUAAAGAAAAUCCAGCAGCUCUCAGAGGGCUCCAUGUUUGGCCACGGUCUGAAGCACCUGUUCCACAGCCGCCGCCGGUCUCGGGAGAGGGAGCAUCAGACGUCUCAGGAUUCCCAGCAGCAGCAGCAGCAGCAGCAGCAGGGCAUGUCUGAUCAUGACUCCCCAGAUGAGAAGGAGCGCUCUCCGGAGAUGCACCGCGUGUCCUACGCCAUGUCCCUGCACGAUCUGCCUGCCCGGCCCACCGCCUUCAACCGUGUGCUGCAGCAGAUCCGCUCCCGGCCCUCCAUCAAGCGGGGCGCCAGCCUGCACAGCAGCAGUGGGGGUGGCAGCAGCGGGACCAGCAGCCGGCGCACCAAGAGCAGCUCCCUGGAGCCCCAGCGUGGCAGCCCCCACCUGCUGCGCAAGGCCCCCCAGGACAGCAGCCUGGCCGCCAUCCUGCACCAGCACCAGUGCCGUCCCCGCUCCUCAUCCACCACUGAUACCGCCCUGCUGCUGGCUGACGGCGGCAACGUGUACCUCCUGGCCGAGGAGGCGGAGGGCAUCGGGGACAAGGUCGACAAGGGAGACCUUGUGGCCCUGAGCGUCCCCACCGGCCAUGGUGACACCGAUGGCCCCAUCAGCCUGGACGUGCCGGAUGGGGCGCCAGACCCCCAGCGGACCAAGGCCGCCAUCGACCACCUGCACCAGAAGAUCCUGAAGAUCACCGAGCAGAUCAAGAUCGAGCAGGAGGCGCGUGACGACAACGUGGCGGAGUACCUGAAGCUGGCCAACAACGCGGACAAGCAGCAGGUGUCACGCAUCAAGCAGGUGUUUGAGAAGAAGAACCAGAAGUCGGCCCAGACCAUCGCCCAGCUGCACAAGAAGCUGGAGCACUACCGCCGGCGCCUGAAGGAGAUCGAGCAGAACGGGCCCUCGCGGCAGCCCAAGGACGUGCUGCGGGACAUGCAGCAGGGGCUGAAGGACGUGGGUGCCAACGUGCGCGCGGGCAUCAGUGGCUUUGGGGGCGGCGUGGUGGAGGGCGUCAAGGGCAGCCUCUCGGGCCUCUCGCAGGCCACCCACACUGCCGUGGUGUCCAAGCCCCGGGAGUUCGCCAGCCUCAUCCGCAACAAGUUUGGCAGUGCCGACAACAUUGCCCACCUGAAGGACCCUCUGGAAGACGGGCCCCCCGAGGAGGCGGCCCGGGCGCUGAGCGGCAGUGCCACGCUCGUGUCCAGCCCCAAAUACGGCAGUGACGAUGAGUGUUCCAGCGCCAGCGCCAGCUCCGCCGGAGCGGGCAGCAACUCUGGGGCUGGGCCCGGCGGGGCCCUGGGGAGCCCCAAGUCCAGCGCACUGUACGGCGCCCCUGGAAACCUGGACGCGCUGCUGGAGGAGCUGCGAGAGAUCAAGGAGGGCCAGUCUCACCUGGAGGACUCCAUGGAGGACCUGAAGACUCAGCUGCAGAGGGACUACACCUACAUGACCCAGUGCCUGCAGGAGGAGCGCUACAGGUACGAACGGCUGGAGGAGCAGCUCAACGACCUGACUGAGCUUCACCAGAACGAGAUGACAAACCUGAAGCAGGAACUGGCCAGCAUGGAGGAGAAGGUGGCCUACCAGUCCUACGAGAGGGCCCGGGACAUCCAGGAAGCCGUGGAGUCUUGCCUGACCCGGGUCACCAAGCUGGAGCUGCAGCAGCAACAGCAGCAGGUGGUGCAGCUGGAGGGGGUGGAGAACGCCAACGCGCGGGCGCUGCUGGGCAAGUUCAUCAACGUGAUCCUGGCGCUCAUGGCCGUGCUGCUGGUGUUCGUGUCCACCAUCGCCAACUUCAUCACGCCCCUCAUGAAGACGCGUCUGCGCAUCACCAGCACCGCCCUCCUGGUCCUCGUCCUGUUCCUCCUCUGGAAGCACUGGGACUCCCUCACCUACCUCCUGGAGCAUGUGCUGCUGCCCAGCUGAGUGAGCCCCCCCUGCCUGAUGUUCUCCGGCCCCCAGCUGGCCACACAUCUCCAGGAGGGACCCUUGAACUUCUUCGUGUGUCUGGUUUGGCCUCCUGCCCCAACUGUCCAUUCCAGCAGCUCCUGCCCCCUUCUCUGUCUUAGCUUCUGUCUGACACCUUCUCCCUGCUGGCCUGAAGGGAGCUUAGCGUGCAGUCCUGACUGAGACGGCGGGGGCGCCCGUGGCCAAAAGGAGCAGAGGAGGACACCAGAUUGAAUUGUUUUGACUAUUUACAGUCCGGCAAGAUCUUCUCCCAGCGGGGCUCAAGAUGCCCAGGUCAGGAAGGCCACUGAGAAUAGGAGGAGAGGGCUCUGCCUCAGCUUUCCAGGGAAGAGCCCCCCGCCCAGGCUCCCGUGGAGAUGGUCAGGAGGAUGGCAAAGAGAGCAAGGGAGCAAGGCUCUGCUGGCCCCAGAGAGCAGAGCAAGGCUCUGCUGGCCCCAGAGAGCUCAGGGCGGGGAGGGGUCCCCAGCCCCCGGGUACUGCCAGGGCCAGAAAGCAGGCUCCCAGCAGCUGCUUUGGAGCUGUGGCUGGCUGCUGGGGCUGGGCCCUUCUGGGAUCUGAAGGGUGCAGGCUCUGAGGGCUGGGUAGGGUGUGGCUUGUGUUUCCCUGCUGUCCUUCUCCCUGUCUCUCAGUCUGCUGUUUUCAGGGAAACAGGCCCCUGGGGCCCUUGAGCCUCAGCCCAAGCCCUCAGGCCUCUGGGAGCAUGUUGGGUCCUAUUUAUUUAUUUAUUCGUUCCUUUGUCCCCCCCCACCCCCACCUUCCCCAUUGAGCUCCAGGGAGAGGGCCUGGCCCAGUCCUCUCUCCGAAGCCCAGGCUGCUUCCUGGCUCUUCAGGCUUCCGUACCAUUCCGCCUCUGGCUCUCCCUGGCUGGGAGAAGGGGGCCGAGCCACCCCUCCCCCACUCUCCUAAAGCAGCCCCACCGCCAGGAUGGGAGGAGCGCAGCCUCUCUUUUAUACGUCUAUUUAUUUUGUAAGUGUGUAUCUGUGUGGAGGAGGUCGUUUGUUGCUUUAUUUUUUUAAGGCUCUGGAGUGUUGUGUAUGGUUUCUUUUCAUAUCCCAGCCUCCCAUGGGCACUUCCAAGAAGAGGGGAUUUCUCGGAAAAGGAGAGAGGAAUCCCCUAGAGGGGGAAAACGGUGCCUGUCAGCUGUUGUGCACCUUCCCGAGAAAUAAAUAUCCUCUCAAUUUUCAAACCA